GGUAUUUGUUCUGGUUGUUGUUUGCUGGAUUUGUUCAGGGGAAAUUGAUUACGAAUUGAAUGAUCGGUUCUUGUUUGAUUUAAUGUUGUUGUUUAGAUCGGCUGCUGUAUGGAGACUCUAUGCUCCGGAUUUGAUUCUAGUUUUCGGGCUGUGUGAGAUUUGAAUUGAGCUGCUACUUGUCGUCUUCGUUGUGGAAGAGAUGGAUUUGGUUGCUAGUUGCAAGGAGAAACUUGCGUAUUUCCGGAUAAAAGAGCUCAAGGAUGUGCUCACUAAGCUGGGACUUUCUAAACAGGGAAAGAAGCAGGACCUUGUUGAGAGGAUCUUGGCUAUUCUUUCCGAUGACAAAGCCCCCAGGUUGUGGUCUAAAAAGGAGGCUGUGGCAAGGGAAAAAGUUGCAAAACUAGUGAACGAUGCAUACAAGAGAAUGCAAGUAUCUGGGGCAAGUGGCUCGCCAUCAAAAGGACAAGUAAGUUCAGACAUCAGUAAUGUGAAAGCUAAGGGAGAGCUCGAAGAUUCCUUUCAACCAGAUGUUAAAGUACGGUGUAUUUGUGGAAGCUCACUGGAGACAGAGUCAAUGAUACAGUGCGAGGAUCCGAGAUGCCAUGUCUGGGAGCAUGUUGGGUGCGUUAUUAUCCCGGAGAAGCCUAUGGGAGGAAAUUUACCGCUUCCUGAUUCAUUUUACUGUGAAAUAUGCAGACUUACCCGAGCUGACCCAUUUUGGCUCACGGUGGCACAUCCAUUGUUUCCAGUGAGAUUGACUGCGACGAACAUCCCAACUGAUGGUACAAACCCAAUGCAGAGUGUGGACAGGACAUUUCAAAUAACUAGGACAGACAAGGACUUAUUGGUGAAACAGGAGUACGAUGUUCAGGCGUGGUGUAUGCUUAUGAAUGACAAAGUUCUGUUUAGGAUGCAAUGGCCUCAAUACGCUGAUCUGCAAGUCAAUGGUGUACCUUUUCGUGCUAUCAACCGACCGGGGUCACAACUUCUUGGGACCAAUGGCCGUGAUGAUGGACCUAUUAUUACACCUUGUAUUAGGGAUGGAAUUAACAAGAUAUCCUUGAGUGGAUGUGACUCUCGCAGUUUUUGUUUGGGUGUAAGACUUGUGAAGCGAAGGAAUCUGCAACAGGUCCUAAAUAUGAUACCAGAGGAGGCUAAAGGCGAGCCUUUCGAAGUUGCUCUUGCGCGAGUGCGUAGGUGCAUUGGAGGUGCAGCUGGAAAUGACAAUGCUGACAGUGAUAGUGAUAUUGAGGUCGUUGCUGAUUUCUUUGGUGUUAAUCUUCGGUGUCCAAUGAGCGGUUCUAGGAUGAAAGUUGCUGGGAGAUUCAAACCCUGUCUACACAUGGGAUGUUUUGACCUUGAGGUGUUUGUGGAGCUGAAUCAACGUUCCAGAAAGUGGCAGUGUCCUAUUUGUUUGAAGAAUUACUCUUUGGAGCAUAUAAUCGCGGACCCUUAUUUUAACAGAAUCACAUCAAAGAUGAGACAUCUUGAUGAAGAGUUGACUGAGAUUGAAAUGAAACCUGAUGGUUCUUGGCGUGGGAAGUUCAAAAAUGAGAGUGAGCGCAGGGAUUUAGGGGUACUCUCACAAUGGCACAAACCUGAUGGUAGCCUCUUCCCCAUGGUUGAUGAGAUUAAACCCAAGAUGGAAAUGCAAACACCAAUUAAACAAGAAGGUUGCUCAGAUGGUCCAACGCCUUUGAAACUUGGAAUAAGAAAGAAUCGCAAUGGCGUUUGGGAAGUCAGCAAACCUAAUAAUAAUGGUUUAUCUUCUAGUGAUCGGCAAGAAAAGCUUGGGUACGAGGAGUUAAAUGUCAUACCAAUGAGCAGUAGUGCCACUGGAAGUGGUAAAGAUGGUGAUGACCCUAGUGUAAAUCAGGAUGCUGUAGGAAGCUUUGAUUUUGGAAACAACGGGAUGGAACUUGACUCUCUCUCCAUGAAUGUAGAUUCAGGCUAUAAAUUUCCUUACAGUAAUCAUCAACCAGCAGCAGCUAGUAAUAAUGACGUAAUAGUUCUAAGUGAUUCCGACGAAGAGGAUGAUGUUGUAAUCACCGCAGGACCUGCAUACAAUGAUAAUCAGGCUGAUGGCGGGGUAAAUAUCCCAUUGCACCCAGUUGGUAUCACUAACUCGUAUAAUGAAGACCAUCAGGUAGUUGCUGCAGGCAAUUCCGGCUUGGGUCUUUUCACAAGCGAUGAUGAUGAUUAUGAUAUGCGCCUUUGGCAGUUGUCUUCAGAUGCCCAAGGAGGCCCGGGUUUCCAACUAUUUGGAUCUAAUGCUGAUGUAUCAACGGAUUUAGUCGGUUUACAGCCUGGUCCACUUAACUGUGAACCUGCAAUAAAUAGUGGUUACUCGAUGGCUCCAGGUACGUCUACUCCUAUGGUUCCAGGGUCGGUUGGACGAUCCGAAGCAGAUGCAAACGAUGGACUAUUCGAUAAUCCUAUGGCAUUUAGUAGAGACGACCCAUCGCUUCAGAUAUUUCUGCCAACAAGACCAGAGACAUCAGCUCAGUCGGAUAUCAGAAAUCAGGCUGAGAUGUCAAACGGAGUCCACAGUGAUGAUUGGAUCUCUCUUAGACUUGGUGAUCAUGGUGAGACAAUAGGUGCAAAUAGGCUUAACGAAAGCAACCCAGUGUCAACGAGAGAAGGUGGUCUGGAUACUUUGUCAGAGACUGCAUCGUUGCUUCUGGGGAUGAAUGACGAUAAACAAGAGAAGGAAAGUAGACAAAGAUCAGAGAGUCCGUUUUCAUUUCCUCGCCAGAAGCGUUCAGUAAGACCUCGGAUGUUUCUGUCGAUUGACUCAGACUCAGAAUGAUGUGAUUUUUCUGUUUGGAUGAGAGUUACCACUGUAUCUAUAGCCUCCUCGACUUGUUUUUUUUUUUGGCGGUAUGUUUGGUGUUCCUUUUGAUUCUUUUUACAUACGCAUAUGCACAGAACAAUGAAAUGGAUGAUGACAGCCAGAGUCUGGGAAUCUUUGCUUGAUUCGCUUCUCUGUCCUUGGAACCUUGAGGCUUUCAUGCAAGGUGGUUGUUAUUUGGAAAGGAGGAGACAGGUUUACAUAAGUUAGUGAAAAUUUUGAAGGAGGCUUGUGAUGUGGGUAUAUGUAUUUUAGAAAGGGUUUCUCGUUGUUCUUGUUGGGUGGGUUGACAGUUACUCGAAAAGCUGUUCUAAAAUGAUAUGGGCCAAAAUGAGAAACAGUAUAUGUAAAUGUAUGGCUCCAAAAUUAUAUUUUGUUUGUUUAAUAUAAGGAAAAAAACUUUCAGCAGACUCAUUUUGGAAAAGGCAA